CUUAACAUGUUCACUUCUAUGUUUCGGACAGUUGGUUCUCCGUAAUCAUCUCGAUAGUUAUUUUUCUUAUACUUUUUUCAUACAAAGAACUAACCGUAAAGAUGGCAGAUAAAGAAAAGAAGAAGAAACCUAAAAAGAAAGAUGAUGGUAAAAAGGAAGAAACAGCACCAACCCCUGAAGCUGAACCCACUCCAGAGAAACAACCAACUCCACCAAAAUCUGAAACACCAAAAUCACCGUCUGGUUCAUCCAGAGCUAGUCGCGGUAGCCGAAAAGCCAAACGCACUGGAUCCAGUGUCUUCUCUAUGUUCACACAGAAGCAAGUUGCCGAAUUCAAAGAGGCCUUUCAACUCAUGGACCAUGAUAAGGACGGUAUCCUUAAUCGAGAGGACCUUCGUUUCAUUUUUGAUCAAGUUGGUCGUCUUGUUACCGACAAAGAGCUGGAUGAAAUGGUUGGUGAAUGCGCUGGACCCAUUAAUUUCACUCAAUUAUUGCAACUUUUUGCUUCACGUAUGCAAGGAGGUGGUGCUGACGACGAUGAUGUUGUAAUUAAGGCUUUUAAUACCUUUGAUGUUGGUAAUGGCAAGAUUGAUGGAGAGAGACUGAGGCAUGCGUUGAUGACUUGGGGUGAAAAAUUUACUGCGAGGGAAGUUAAUGAUGCGUAUGAUCACAUGUACAUCGAUGACAAGGGCUUCAUUGACAUUGAGUCGCUUAUUAACAUGCUUACUGGUAAGGGAGAGGAUGAUGACGAUUAGCCUAUUUGUUUUGAUACAUCGCUAUUUGAUCAACCUAUUUUAAUAAACAAAACUAUUAAAUAAAUGAAAAUUCUUAAAAAACAAUAAAAACGAAAAUUGUCCUCACGAAAUAUGAAUUGUCGGUAUUUAUAAAAGAUUAUAUUAAAGGACAAAUAUUCGAUUAAAAAAUAAAAGAACGACGUUUUUAGCGUGCUUCAAGUGAA